AUGCAGUUUACUACCGCUCUUGUUGCCUCUGUCGCUGCCCUCGCGGUGACCAUCUCUGCUGCUCCUGCUCCUGCUUCUCCGGCCAAUACUCGCUAUGUUCAACUUCGUCUGUAUGGUGAAGCUGGGUGCUCGGCGGAGAACCUGGGUGAACUUGGUGUUUACGGAGACGAUGUGAAUGAUUGCCAAAGCUUUGGCGAUAAUAUCGUCCAGUCUGUGAGCUUUGAGUAUGCUAUCAAUAACUGUACCGUGACUCUCUACACUGGAGAUUCUUGCGAUGCUGGUGCAGAGGAGAUUGUACUGAACACUUGCCUCGGUGGAGACAAUGAUUUCCACAGUUACGAGGUAUCCUGCAGUUCUCUUUAA